AAAGUGCUUCGUGGUUUUGAGCGACGUGCAGAGAGGUUUCCUCUGGGCUGCUGGUGAGACAGGAAGCCGAGUGCGGUUAGCAGAGCGGAACAACAGAGGGGAAGCUACUUUGCCUUUUUGGGUAGGCUGCUGCACUUCCUGUGGUCCCACUGAAGGACAAAAGUGAAACUUAAGGGAAUUGAUGGACCAAUCGGAAAAACACUGAUGGCAAACCUCCACCAGAGAUGUUUCAUGUGGUCAGUGUGAACCUCCAGAAGAUCACAUGGACACCACAACGUCAGUCCUAAGUGUGGAUGGUGAAAGCGGAGGGAGACCAGGUGAAGCGAGACUGUCAUGGCCGGUUUUCCUGCUGACCCUGGCGGUUGUCACCUCCUCCUCACUGUCGGCCUUGUCUCUGUACCAGCUGGUGGCUCUGAGAGCGGAGGUCGAGGGACUCAAAUCAGACAGACGGGAAGAGAGACAAGAGGUCAGGGUCAGAGGGCAGAGUGUGGAGCAAAUGGUGAGCAGGAGGAGCGGCAGCCAAGAACUCCUGCACCAGCAGGAGCUGGCACAUGGCGCCAGCCUGGUGAGGAAGAAGAGAAUGGACUCUGGACCGGAAACGUUAGUGACCCAGUCUUGCCUGCAGUUUUUGGCAAACAGCAGCAGGAAAACCUUCACGAAAGAUUUUGACCUGGUCCCGCACACGGGCAUCCCCUGGCACGCGGGUCUGAAGAGAGGCACCGCGCUGGAUGCAGACGGAGACAGCAUGUUAGUCAGAGAGGACGGCUUCUACUUCGUGUACAGCCAGGUCUAUUACAUGGACAGGACCUUUGUAAUGGGUCACGUGGUGAUCAGGAGGAAGAGGAACGUGGUGGGAGACGAACCUCAGUGUGUGACCCUGUUCCGCUGUGUCCAGAACAUGAGCCGUGACACCCCUUACAACACCUGCUACACAGGAGGUAUUGUAAAGCUGGACGUCGGCGACUAUUUGGAGCUGUUGAUCCCUCGCUCCACAGCCAAUGUGUCCCUGAAUGGAGACUCCACCUUCCUGGGUGCUUUUAAACUUGCGUGAAGUUUAUCACCUUAUUUUGGACCCAAGGGACACAGUUGUGGUGGGAAAGUGGUAUACUGGAAUAAAAGGGGGAGCAACAAGGCACAUUAUUGAGUUUGUAUGAAAAAUGAAAGAUGUAAAAAAGACAAAAUGCAUGACUCUGAGCUUGUUUGGUAUCAAAAUGCAUUCCCUUUAGAGCUACUGAUGUUAUCAUAGGAUCUGA